AUGGGUGCUGCCAACUCAACAUUGGUCGGCUGGACCAUCGUACUCGCCAUCGCAGGCUUCAUUGGCUGGAGGGAGUGGGACGCAAAACAGAAGAGGCUUCUCCAAAAGACCGCCGGCCAGAGAUCGCGAGAGGAGCACCGCAAUGCCACUCAGUCGAGACGAGACACCAAGAAGGAUGAAAAGGAACAUAGCAAGGUGAAGCGUCAACGUGUGGCCGAUAGCCAAGCCGAGAAGCCCAAGGAAAAGGAGAUCGUGGCCGCGCCCGUCGAGAAGGAGCAGCCCAAGUCCUCCAAGAAGAAGUCCAACACCUACAGCUCUGAUGACGACGCGGCGAGCAACCGCGAGUUUGCCCGUCAGCUUUCCAGCGUCAAGGAGGGCACCAAGUUUACCGCCAAGUCCAAGGACGAUGUGAGGCAGAAGUCGGUCAAGCAGUCCCGCGCCGACGAGGCCAAGCGUCAGGUCGCCAAGCCCGUCGAGGAGCCCAAGGUUGCCUCGCCACCCUCAUCCACCGCCGGCAUCGACGCCGACGAUGACCAGUCCUCGGCCGCCUCCCCCGUCGUCGCUCCGACCGCCAGCGCCGGUGACGUCUCCGACAUGCUGGAGAAGCCCACCUCUGGCCCUUCGGUGCUCCGCCUGACCGACACGGAGGAGAAGAAGAAGCCUCAGAAGGCCAAGGCACCGCAGCCCGUCGAGACGAAGAAGCAGCGCCAGAACCGGAAAAAGGUAGAGGCAGCCAAGGCUAUGCGUGAGGAGGCUGAGGCCGAGCGCAAGAUCCUUCUCGAGGCUCAACGCCGAACCGCCCGCGAGGCCGAGGGCCGCGCUGCCAAGGAUGGUUCCGGCUUCAUGGCUGCGCAGGCCAAGGGCAACGUUUGGACCGGCGGCAAGGACGUCAACGGCUCCAACAACGGCGUUCUCCCCGUUCAGCCUCUCGACACAAGCGAGCCCACCGCGACACAACCCAAGACUCAACAGAAGCAGGAGGGCGCUGCUAAAAAGGACGCCAAGGGUGACAAGUGGGUUUCCUCGCUUCCUUCCGAGGAGGAGCAGAUCAAGAUGAUUGAGGACGAGGAGUCUUGGAGUACUGUGCCCACCAAGGCUUCUCGCAAGAGCAAGAAGAACAAGGAGACCGUGGAUAGUAUGGACGAGGGAGCUGUUUCCGAGACGAAGCCCGCUCCUGUCGCUGCCCCGGCGCCAACUCCUGUUCAGCCAGCAAAAAAGCCUCAGGUAGAAAACCAGAGGCCAGUCAAGACCUUCUCGCAAACCUCAUCCUUCGCAGCCCUCAACGCCGAUGGAGCCGCCGACCUCGAGGAGGAAGAAUGGGACGUUUAG